AUGGCGGACCAUAUCCCGGUCUCUAACGUGGCUCCGCCUGACCGGUUUUAUCUCGCUUAUUUCAUCUUCCUGCUGCUGGGCGUCGGCUUUCUCCUCCCGUGGAAUGCCUUCAUCACAGCCGUUGAUUACUUCUACCUUCUCUAUCCGACAGCCCACGUCGCGACGCUGUUUUGCGUCGCUUACAUGUUCGCCAACCUCGGUACUCUGAUUCUCGUUCUGUUGUACGGCCAGCAUGUCCCCUCUCGCACGCGCAUUGUCAAUGGCUUCAUCGCAUUCACUCUCCUCGUCCUCCUCGUCCCUGCGCUCGACGCCCUCUCCGCUCCCGGCGCCAUCCCUUCCAACGCCGUCCAAGACGCAGAUAGUCCCGCCGUGGCCGCGACUCCCGCCGCUUCGCCGCCGUUGGCGCUGGCGCUGACAGUGGCGGCGGUGGCGGCGUCAGGAGCGAUAGAUGCGGUGGUGCAGGGGAGUCUGUUUGGCAUGGCGGGCGAACUGCACGAGCGAUACACGCAAGCCCUCGCUGCCGGGACUAGUGUUUCAGGCAUCGUGGUGUCCGUAGUGCGCAUCUUGACGAAAGCGGUUCUCCCCAACACGCCAACGGGCCUGCGCCUGUCCGCGCACCUCUACUUCCUGCUCUCCGCGCUCAUCCUGCUCGUCUGCCUCCUCGCCUUCCUCCGCCUCCACUCGCUUCCCGUUAUCGUCUUCCUCCAAUCCCAGGUCGCCGCGCUCGCCGAGGCUGAGCGCCGGGCUCGGGGCAAGGCUCGGAAGGAGGCUCGGCGAGCCGGGCCUGGCUCGGGAAAGGCAAUCUGCCAUGGUGGGAGUGGGAGAAGAGGGGGGGAAGUGGCGGGGGAAGGACAUGCCGGGGAAGGGCGCAUGGGGGAGAGUGUGGGGGUGGACAGUCAGGCGGAGGAACGGGAAAGGGAGGGGGAAGGGGAGGUUGCUGCGGAGGGGGGGUUGGCGGGUGCGGGUGAGGACGAGUCUCUAGAGCCGCUGGUGAAGCGAGAGGCGACGAUAGAGGAGGAGCAGGUGAUUCGGCAGCUGCUGCAGAUUGAAGACGAGUCGGAGUGGUGGGAGCAGGAGCGAGCUCGGGACCUUACAGGCAUAGAAGGAGAAGGAGAAGAAGAAGGAGCAGGAGCAGGAGCAGCAGUGACAGUAAGAAAAGCAGGAGCAGAAGCAGAGUCGGUGGCUGAUGGCGCUCCGCUGAUGGACGGGUGUAGCGCCAGCAGCAGCGAGAUAGCCGAGAUAGACGGGGAAAGGGAAGGUGAAAAGGGUUCAGAAAACGGAGUCUGUCAAGGCGAUAAGGUAGAGUAUGCGCUUGCACAUGCACAUAGUCACAGUCAGGCGAUCAGCAAGGGCAGGUACUCUCAUGGUCCGGGCAAGCCAAGGAGGCGGGUGUGGGAUCGGGUGGUGUCCUGGUGGGAGCACACCUUUCGCUCUGAAGAAGCCAUGUUGGCUGAAGGCAGGGCCUUUUCUCUCCACGUACACGUACCCUCUAUAGUCGACUCCGCUCCCUCGAUAUACCGCCAGCAGUGGGAGGUCAUGCAGCAGAUUUGGCCGUACGCAGUGUCGCUCUCGGUAGUGUAUAUAGUUACGCUUUCUAUCUUUCCGGGAUUUAUAGCGGAGCUUCAGUCUGACACGCUCGGCUCAUGGUACCCCAUCCUCCUUAUAGGCAUGUACAACGUGUUUGAUUUCUUCGGAAAAAUGGCACCGGUAGUUUUCCUGGUGACUGAUUUGAAGGUGUUAGUGGCACUAGUACUGGCGAGAGGGGGGUUUUACAUUCUUUACCCACUCUGUGUGUGGUGGGGCCCCCUAUGGGCUCGGCACGAGGUCAUCAUUGCUGCUGUCACGGGGGCGUUUGGGUUUUCUAAUGGGUUGUUGACAAGCCUGCUUAUGAUGGCUGCUCCGAACCAGGUGCCUCGGGACCGAGCCGAGUCGGCUGGUAUGGUGAUGGUUGUUUUUCUGGUGGUGGGUCUGUUCAUUGGUUCUCUGCUCAGCUGGGCACGCCUUGGCUUCUAA